GUCAUGGCAGAAAAGAGGACAGAUUCUGGGCUACUGCUGCUGUUGUUACUGAUUUCUGUGUCUCUGUUACAUUUAUUCAUAUGCCCCUUCUCCAAAGUAGAAGAGAGCUUCAAUCUGCAGGCAGCACAUGAUAUUCUGUACCACAGACUCGACUUUGACCGGUACGACCAUCAUGAGUUCCCCGGCGUGGUUCCACGGACGUUCCUCGGGCCGCUCUUCAUAUCCGCCCUGGUCUCCCCCCUGGUGGCGCUGUCCUCCCUGCUGGAUGUACCCAAGAUCUACACGCAGCUGAUGGUGCGUGGCUGCCUAGGAGCGUGUGUUGUCGCAGCCCUCUGGCUCAUGCAGAAGGAGGUGAGGAAACAGUUUGGGUCGACAGUGGCCGCGCUCUUCUGCCUGACGUGUGCGUCGCAGUUCCACCUCAUGUUCUACUGCACGCGCACGCUGCCCAAUGUGUUCGCCCUGCCCUUAGUUGUGAUGGCGUGCACGGCAUGGAUGGCCCAGAGGCACCGCCCCUUUAUCGCCCUCUCAGCCUUCGUCAUCAUCGUGUUCCGGGCGGAGCUCUGCCUCCUGCUGGGGCUCAUGUUGAUGAUGUCACUGGUCUGGAGGAGGCUGAGUCUGUCUGAGCUCUUCUGCUGUGCCGUGCCCGCCGGGAUACUAGCACUGGCUCUCAGCGUGGGGGUGGACUCGUUCUUCUGGCGCAGGCUCAUCUGGCCCGAGGGCCAGGUGCUGUGGUACAACACCGCCCUCAACAAGAGCUCCAACUGGGGAACCUCGCCCUUCCUGUGGUACUUCUACUCCGCCCUGCCCCGGGCGCUGGGCUGCACCCUGCCCCUGGUGCCCCUGGGGCUGCGUGACCCCCGGACGCGGGCCGUCCUGCUGCCCUCGCUGGGCUUCGUGCUGCUCUUCUCCCUGCUGCCUCACAAGGAGCUGCGCUUCAUCAUCUACGCCUUCCCGCUCCUCAACCUGGUGGCGGCCCGGGGCGCCUCCUACAUCCUGAGCAACUAUCACAAGUCCUGGCUCUACAAGCUGGGUUCGCUGCUCGUGAUUGGUCAGCUGCUGGCCAACGCCGUGUUCUCGGGCGUCUCUCUCUACGUCUCGCACUACAAUUACCCAGGAGGCCGAGCGCUACAGGAACUAGACCGGCGGGUCCCAGCCACCGCAGACGUCUGGGUCCACAUGGACCCCUACGUGGCUGAGACUGGGGUCUCACGUUUCCUGCAGCAGAGCAGCAUCUGGAGAUAUGACAAACGCGAGGACGUGCGUCCCGGCCACGCGGAGAUGAACACCUACUCCCACAUCAUCAUGGAGGUCAACACCACCAGCCUGCGCCUGCUCCAGGACACCCACCCGCCCCUGGCCUUCAUCCAGGGGUACGACCGGGUGGUGCUCACCCCCACCCAGCUGCCCCCCUUCAGGGUGCAGCUAGUAGACAAGGUGGUGAUCCUGCAGAGGAAGGACUUCAGGGCCACUCCUAGCGGCGGGAGAUGACCGCGGACGUUGAGCGGUUCAUGGGAAGCAUCGGAAUACUAUGAGCGAAGUUGGCACUUAGUCGAGAAAAUACGAUUUUUCUGUUGGAGACACAGAGUUCUGUUGAUAGUGUGGUGUAUGAUGAAAGGUGGAGUAUUAGUCAUAACAUUACGGGACGUGACUGUAGGAGAUUUCAGGGGUUUGCCAGGACAGACGUCAAGGAUCCUCAAAGUCCUGUUGGACCCGCGGAACCGGUUUGAUUCCCGCUCCGAGCUAUAAGGAUAACAUUGUUCCUAUGCAAAUCUACCAUCUUGGUGUUCGAAUCCAGAUACGUAGCCGAGAAGGACAACGGAGUUGCCCAAUCAGUUUCAAAAUCAACAAAGUUAUCAUGUAGUGUGGAUACAUUGGUGUGGUUGGGAUCAGCUCUUAUAUAUUAUUUUAAAGAAUAAAAUAGUAAUCAUAAAACCUCCUGACUUCGUGUUCAUUAAGUACAAUUGUGCUUUCUGAAUUUUCUUCUGCUUAAUGAAUAUAAUCUAUACAUGCAAUAAUCUAGAUAUUUGAUGCAAUAAAAGAGAAUAAUACACUUUUUAUGUAGGGAAACCCUUUAUUUACAGUCAACCACAAGAUCUGCAUGGCUCCAGUUUCAAAGCUAAAAUGUGUAAGAAAUUAGCUCCAGUCAUUAAUUAUAUAAAAAUUACAUUACUCAAUCAUUAAGAAAAAAUAACAAUGAACCCAUAAUUUAAUCCCUUGAAAAACAAAUACUUAAAAAUUGUGCUAAGAGACAAGUAUUAUCCACACAAAAUCCUUAUUCUGAAAAUACAGCAAUAUUUUACAUCAGCAUAUUAAAAACAUUUGAGCAAGUAAAAAAGAUCUCUCUAAAUGACGGUACCAUAAGCCACAAAUUCACAAUUAAAGAAUUAAAUAAAAUAUCUUUCAGUCACAGCAUUUAUUUUUGGAGUCAAUGUUUCCACUUUAGAAAACAAAGCAACCUUUACUCAACUAUGAUAAUCAAAAAAAAGCCCUGACUUGAUUUUUGCGAAACUUAUGAAGUAUGUACAGCAUUUUGACCUGAAGUAGUUUUGGAUAAGGCACAAGGAGAGAGCAGACACGCACAAAUAAAAAUAUUUAAAAAAGAAACUGAACACACAUCAAUUUACAGCAAAACACGUAACCCCUACGUCUACACUAAACCCCUCCCUGAUACUCUGAACAAAGAGCUUUCCAUCACAUCAGCUAGUUAAAAACAGUAGUACACAUCAAACUCAUCACAACCUCCACAGUCUAGCCUCUGCAUUUGGGAACAAAAAAC